UGCUUCGGUCUCUGCUUAUAUAAUCUAACGCGUGAGCACGGGGAGUCGGGGACCACGGGCUUGGUGACGAUUCUUGUCUCCUUUUCUUGGGCGCCUCCUGCGUAGCGUAGUAGUGCGGUGUUCCACGUCGUGACAGCUACAACGAGGAAAGAAAAUGACUGAAGCACCGCCGAGACCGGACCCCGUGUUUUUUGAAGGCUCGAGGCCACUGUUGACGAAAAAGGAUAGCCAAGCUCGGAGAAGACGCCAGCCACGGCCACCACGGGUGGUGCCAUCCGUGGGUAGUACCAGUUGGCGUUCAGACCUACCUCGGCAUGCUCAAGCAGUCAGCUUUAGUGGUUCUGAAUGGUCGUUUCACAGUUCACACUACAACGAACAUGCUCCUGUCUCCUACCUGCACCAGUGCUUCUACGUGGACCAGAAACUGGGGGAAGGCUCUUUUGGAGUGGUGUACAAGGUGCGGUGCCUGGAUGACGGCCGGUGGUAUGCGGUCAAGGUGGCCAAUCGUCAGUUUCGGGGCCAGCGCGACCGUCGGCGGCAGCUGGAGGAGGUGGCCAAGCACGAGCUGCUGCCGCCGCACCCGCACUGCGUGCGCUUCAUCAAAGCCUGGGAGGAGGACUACCGGUUGUACAUCCAGACGGAGCUGUGCGAGUGCAGCCUGGCUACCUACACCGAGAAGCACCACAACCUGUCCGAGCAGCUCGUCUGGGAGUUCCUUGUUGACCUAUCGCUGGGUGUGAAACACUUGCAUGACCAUGACCUGGCCCACCUGGACAUCAAGCCGGAAAACAUCUUCAUCUCCAAGAAUGGCUACUACAAGCUAGGUGACUUUGGCCUCGUCCUCGACCUCAAGCGGGACGACCCCUCAGACCCUCUGGAGGGCGACCCUUGCUACCUUGCACCGGAGCUGAUGGAGGGCCACUUCACCAAGGCAGCCGACAUCUUCAGUCUAGGUAUCACGGUACUCGAGCUGGCCUGUGACCUGGAGCUGCCCAGUCGAGGUGAAAACUGGCACGCUCUGCGAUCGGGAACCCUGCCUCAUCACCUUGCACAGUGUCUUUCACCGCAGCUGCACAGUGUGAUCCAGCAGAUGAUGCACCCCGAUCCACAGCAGCGCAUCACGGCUGACCAGCUGCUAGCCCUGCCAGACAUCCGCCAGGUCCGCCUUCGGCGAAAGCUUUAUGUGGCACGAAAGAGAGCGGUUAGCUGGGUGCAAGACAUGUUGCUGCUGACCUGGUUCUGGGUGCAGUCGUACCUUGUAGCCACCUGGAGGGUUCCACGCUCCUGCAUCAAGCCACUCUUUGCAUCCUCCCGUCCGAGUGUUGCUCAUCGAACGUCAAAUCUGGACACGGACUGCUUUUCCGACGAUGAAACGUUCGGAGAGUCUCUAAAUCACGACCUUGGGGAGCACCAAGACUCCCUUGGGGUGAACUUGAGCAGCUUUGAACGCAGCUUCUGUGAUGGUGGCCACUCACUUGAAAGGUCAACACCCAAGCCUCUUCGGCAUAGGUAUGACCAGCGGCUGCACAGCACACCCACGGCCUUGUUUUCCUCCCAGCGUUCGAGGUCCAACUCUACCCCUGCACCAGUGGCGUUCAACCUGAGUGUGGGCGAUGAAACAAUUGAGAACCCCUUCUCGGCAAAUGAAGAAGAGGAGCUUUCCAGUGCCGAGGACCCCUUAUGAAUGUGGCUGCACAAUGUCCUUUUCCGUCUUUCUCAUUACAAGCUAGUCAACCCAGUUUUGUAUUUUAGCAUUUUACAUAACGUAAUGGUGGAUCCAUUGUUAUAUAAGCAGCAUAUAUAAACUGUUUAUACGCAUUGUUUUUAAUAAAACUUACGUAUUUGAUAGUUUGUUGUUGCAGUUGCAUUGUGGGUCCGUAUGUUGCCACAAGAACAUGCAUUUUGCAUCGUACGUUUACAUGGUGUUAUUUCAAAGCUCGCUGUAUGCGGAAUAUUUACGUAUAAAGUGAGAAUGGUGCAGGUUUAUUUAAUGUGUUCGAUUUUAUUUUAAAAUGCCUGAUGCAUCGUUUUGUUCUGCUGGAGAAUUUCCUGCUCUAGGUGUUUAAUCGUGUUUUAAGCUUUGUUCAUUGUUUUACAUUUUACCUGUCUACACAGAUUAUUUUAAUUUAAUUAGACGCUCAUAAUAGCAAUAGCAUCAUUCUGUGAGAUAAACAUAAAGACAGCCACUGGCGUGUUCACAGGCAGAGAAGCAGCAGCUGCUCUGAAUGAAUAUUUCGUCUCCAGUACCCAGCUUCCCGACAAGGGGGAACCACAUCUAUAGUGAACAAAUUCAGUCUUACUCAGUGAUACUUACACCUGUCACACCUGCUGAAGUUGUGCAACUACUGUUUAAAGUAAAAAACAACGCCUCUGGUGGGUAUGAUGAUGUGAAACCAGUCCCAAUGAAAUAUAUUGUGGAUAUAAUUGCACCUGUCAUUGUUCACAUCAUAAACAGAAUGUUUGAAACAGCAUAUUUCCCGAUUGUUUAAAAAUAGCUCGUGUAUGUCCUAUUUACAAAGGUGGUGAUAAACAUUUAAUGACAAAUUUCCGGCCGAUAUCUGUCUUACCUGUUCUAUCAAAGGUGUUCAAGAGUGCCCUGAAUGUCAGACUACAAACAUUUUUCAGUAAAUAUAAUGUAAUCAGUAACAUGCAGUAUGGAUUCAAAAAAAAUAAAUCUUGCAAAGCAGCUCUUCUUAAUAACAAACAUAAAAUAAUAACAAAUAUUGAAAAUUGAUUGUAUACAUUAGGUUUAUUUGAAGACUUUAGGAAAGCCUUUGAUUCUGUAUGCCACAGUUUAAUAAUUAUCAAAUUGGAACAGUACGGUGUACAAGGUAUCGUCUUGGAACUUUUACGACAUUACUUAACCAAUCGCUAUCAAUAUGUCAGUAUAAAUAAUGAUGUUUCAUCUUACGCUGAAAUCAUAAGGGGUGUUCCACAAGGAUCAAUACUUGGACCUCUUUUGUUCAUAAUAUAUAUUAAUGAUCUGUGUGACAUCCCCGAGUCUCCUGAAUUAGUUAUGUAUACAGAUGAUACUAACAUAUUCUUUAAAGCUGCUACUAUAACAGUGCUCGAAUUGAAAGUUAACAAUUAUCUGAAUCAACUCUCUUGCUGGUUACAACAGAAUAAGCUACAAAUGAAUUCUUCCAAAACAAAAUAUAUGAUAUUUGCUCCUACUAAUAAACCACGUAACUGCAAUGUGGCUAUUCUAUUUUAAGAUAGGCUGAUAGAGCAGGUAAAAUGUCAAAAAUUUCUUGGAGAGUGGUUACAAGAGGAUUUGGCCUGGAACAUGCACAUCGACAAACUUGCUAUGGAACUAAGCAGGACUGUUGGUUGCUUAUACAGACUUAGUACUCUGGUUCCUCCAUGGUUGAAAAGUUCAUUGUACUACGCACUCUUUUAUUCUAGAUUAACCUAUUGCAUAUUAAUUUGGGGCACUACUUUGCAAAAAAAUUAUAAUUAAUUGAUAGUACUGCAAAAAAGUCUUACGUGCAUUUGAGGGAUAUCAUGGUCUUGUACAAAACUUUGGAACCACACCAUUUUUUAUAAAACAUUCUAUAUUAAAGGCAAACCAGGUGUAUUAUUACAAGUUGCUGCAAUACAAUAAACAAAACAAAUCACAGUGCAUCCUGAAUGUACCCACCAAUCCGGACAACAGCCUUCGACAACAUAACAUCAUAACACCAAAAAUAAGAACUAAUUACGGAAAACAACUAGUCAGUUACUGGGCACCUUCACUACUAAAUCGCCUACGUGAUUUUGAAGAUGAAAUUAUGGAAUGUUCGAACAAAUCAUACAAAACUUUUCUCAUUCUCAACAAUAUUGAGUUUGUCUGAUUAGAACCGCAGUAUAAAUUGUCAGUCUUUUGUUUCUUUUGUUUUAAGGUUGUAGUUGGUCUGAAACAAAAUGUAUCGUACUUUGAGUAUUCUAUUGGUUAUUCAUAUUUCUUGUAAGGCAUGUUCUGUUUCACGAAAAUAAUAUUGUCUCGCGACACUCCAGUUGAUUUUGGUAUGUCUCAGUGAUGUAUGUUGCUGCGUACGGCCUGCGUGCCAAAUUGUUGUGGGAGCAGAAGCCUUUGUCAGGCCACAUGGCCUUUAGCUUCUGCUUUCUUUCUGUUGUAAACAGGAGAAAAUAAAUUCAUUCAUUAAUACUUAAUAAACUAACAUUCAACAAGCGCUCAUGCUUAAAUAAGUUAUAGUGCUCCACAGUUCUUUUGUUGGUUUUUAAUGCUUGUUUUUGUUCAUUGGACAUGAGCAUUACCAAUGGUUGAGAAAUUGUUAUCAGUUUUAUUGUGGUUUUAUCUUCGUCCACGAUUCAUCAUUCUGCGGGAAUACUUUUUCUAAUUGUAUACUAUACCUGGCGUAAUAAAUAAUUGAGCAGCUCAUUGCUUUUGUUAUAGGGAAAAAGCUGGGCUACCUCAUUAUAAGGGUAAGAUGACCAGCUUGAUCUGGAAUUUCAAGUCCACACUUGAUUUCAUCUAAGACGUACUUGCCAACUCUGCCGAAUUUUUUUUGUAAAACUUGCCAAUGUGGUCUUCUACGAUUUCAUAAAUGUUGCAUCAAGUUUUACAAAAAAUGAGCUAUUGAAAGAUUGGGUAGCACAAUAUUUUAAAAAAUGCACACAAAAAAGAAAUUGUGGUGGUAUCAGCAUCACCACCCUCUUCAUGGCAUCCCAAGACACCAUAUACCACAAGAACAAUGUUGCUGAAAAGCUGACUGUGAUCUUAAGACUAUGUCCUGCUUGACAGUCUGUACUGUUGCUCGUGUGCCAAGUGUACAGUUAAAUAAUCGCUAAUAAAGUGCCUAUGUAUCCCACAAAAGAUUUGCUGUGAGCAUACAUACAAAAGCACGCUAUUCCCCUUCUUUCUCCCCCCUCCCCCCUUGUCCUGUCGGUAGGU